AUGCGUCCAGUAGGGCCUCCCCAUUUCGUCCGCCCCUCUGCACCCCAAAUGCCCCGACGCGGCGGGCCAAUCCAAAAACGACGUAUUGAGCACGUAAAGAAGGUAAUCGUUGUAGCAAGCGGAAAGGGGGGGUUGGCAUACUUGACUUGGACAUUUUUUGGACCUUCUAUACCUACCUUGAUGGGACUCCAGCAUUCGGACGACCCACAUUUAACUUCGGCUGGCGCUCUCAUCCCCAUAAUCAAUCAUGGCGUUCCUACCAUGUCCAUGGGCUACCUUGUCCCUCGGCCACCGCCUGACUCCACAGAAUUUGAAGAUGUACUAAUCAUAGAUAUGCCCCCAGGGACGGGAGAUGUCCCUCUUACACUGGGACAAUUAGUUGUCGUUGACGGCGCAGUCAUCGUUUCAACUCCACAGGACGUCGCACUAACAGAUGUAAGAAGAGGAAUUUCUAUGUUCGAAAAGAUCUCCGUUCCGAUAACAGGUCUCAUCCUUAACCAAGCGUCCUUCCUGUGUCCUUCUUGCAACACCGCGCAUGAGCUAUUUGGGACUUUAGCUAAUGCAUCGCGCCUCGGGAUCCCUCUCCUAGCACAACUCCCUCUUGUUGGGGGUGUGAGCUGGGGUGGAGAUCGCGGCAUUCCAUACGUCCUUGAAGGAAAACAUGGAGGUGCAAAAGACGGCAGUGCGGGAGAGAUGUGGCGAGAUGCGAUGAACGACGCGGCAAGCAAAAUUUGGGGAUUAGUUCACAGCUGA